AGCAGGAAGCGACUACAGAGCGGGGACCUGCAAUCAACGACGACAUCAACAGCACUGCGCUCGGGAAUAUCUUUCUUCACCAUCAUGUAGCUUCCAGACAGAACGAUUGCAGAUAUACACUUCUAUAAUAGCUGGUAAAAUAGUGGCUGUGCAUUGUGCAACAAAAAAAUAAAAUUGAUGAGGAAUCGCAAGCUGGCUGGCUAGGCUAGCUAACUGCUCCAGGAAAAAUGAGGGAGGUGAAGGGUUGCGGUAUGCGGUCUUCCGUGGGCUUUCUGUCCCAGAGAAGGCUUUUCGGGAACCCGCUGAUGAAGGAAGAAUUUCAGAGGCUUAGGUUGGCAGGAUGCACAAGCCUUUACAAGAAAGAUAUGCUGGGACAUUUCGGGUGUGUAAACGCCAUAGAGUUUUCCAACAAUGGAGGGGAGUACCUUGUGUCCGGAGGGGAUGAUCGCAGGGUGUUACUAUGGAACAUGGAGAGAGCACUUCAUGCCCGCUCAGCCAAGCCUCUCAAACUGAAGGGAGAACACCUCUCCAACAUCUUCUGUCUGGCAUUUGACAGCACCAACAAGAGGGUGUUCUCUGGGGGCAACGAUGAACAGGUCAUCCUUCAUGAUGUAGAGCGAGGUGAGACUCUGAACGUGUUCCUCCAUGAUGAUGCGGUGUACGGCCUGUCAGUCAGCCCCGUUAACGACAACGUGUUCGCCAGCUCCUCUGACGACGGACGGGUCCUCAUCUGGGACACACGGGAGCCGCCACACGGAGAGCCCUUCUGUCUGGCCAACUACCCAUCAGCCUUCCACAGUGUGAUGUUCAACCCGGCAGAGCCCCGACUGCUGGCUACAGCCAACUCCAAGGAGGGCGUGGGGCUGUGGGACAUACGCAAACCUCGCACUUCUCUGCUGCGGUAUGGCGGCAGCAUGUCCCUCCAGAGUGCCAUGUCGGUGCGUUUUAACAGCGCAGGGACCCAGCUCCUGGCACUGCGUCGCAGGCUACCCCCGGUCCUCUACGAGCUGCACUCUCGCCUACCCAGCUUCCAGUUCGACAACCAGGGUUACUUCAACUCCUGUACCAUGAAGAGCUGCUGCUUCGCAGGGGAUGAGGACCAGUACAUCCUGUCUGGAUCGGAUGACUUCAACCUGUAUAUGUGGAGAAUCCCAAAGGAUCCUGAAGCAGGAGGCCCGGGUCGCGUGGUGAACGGAGCGUCCAUGGUCCUAAAAGGUCACCGUUCCAUCGUGAACCAGGUCCGGUUCAACCCCAGCACCUAUAUGAUCUGCUCCUCCGGGGUCGAGAAGGUCAUCAAGGCCUGGAGCCCCUACCAGCAGCCGGAGUGUCUGGGCGACCUGGAUGGUUUUGUGGAGGAUAAGUCCAGGAGUCUGUACAGCCAUGAGGAGUACAUCAACUUGGUCCUGAACAGCGGUAGCGGCCUGAGCCACGACUACGUCUCACAGUCCAUCCAGGAGGAUCCUCGUAUGAUGGCGUUCUUUGACUCUCUGGUGCGUCGGGAGAUCGAGGGCUGGAGUUCGGACUCAGACAGUGACCUGAGUGAGGGGGCCAUCCUGCAGCUCCACGCCAGGGGACGACGCUCCACACGGGCUAUAAGAGACGGCGCCGGGGUCCUGGUUGGGAGUGGAGUCGCCACGCCUCUACCGCCCGCUGCUGCUGCUACCGCCGACUCAGACCACUCCUCUUCGUCCUCAUUAGCUGCCCCCGAGGCCUCGGGGGCGGAGCAUCCUGAAGGGGUGGAGCCACCGCAGCCGAGGAGGCGUGGCAGCAGAUAUCAGCAGUCUGUGUUCUUAUUGGACCUGGUGGGAGAGGACUCUGACUCCAGUGGGUUCUGGCCGGACCCCAUGCCUCGGCCUCGCUCUCCCAGCCCCCGAGACAACUCCACCCUCUCCAGCCCCACCUCCUCCCCCGCCGGCGCCUCCUCUAGCUCCUCCUCUUCCACCUCCUCCACCAGCUCUGAGGACGAGGAGCAGAGGAGAGCCAGUAGGAGACAACGUACUGCAGCCCGGUGGCGACGCAUGCACUUCCCCCGCCUGUCCAGUGGGGGGCGCCCCGAGUCCGCCCAGGCCUUGUACCCCGGGGGGGUCGACUCCUGCUCCUACCCCAAGAUCUCAAUCGACGAGGCCUCAUCCUCCUCCGCAUCCUCCACGGAGCUUCAGCAGGACCAGGACUCGGUCCAGAUUGGACCCCACAGGAGUGGCUCUAAAACUGGGAGACGCAAGUCGCACACCCGCCCUGGUUCUAGUCCUGCAGUGUCCCUGGACAGCCAGGACGACCGAGCGGAGCAGGAGGGGCUCCUCAUCGCCUCCCUUCUGUCUCAAGACGCCCUGCAGCAGAGGAACGAGUCCCGGGCAGGGAGGGGUGGAGAGAGGAGGGCUGCUUUAGAGAGAAUGGCCGAGGGCUUAGAUAGUCCUGAAGAGGCCGACGAGUCGGAUCAUAGUCGCUGGAUCUCCCCUAGUUCCAGACACCACAGCCCUGGGCUGAACGGGCUGCAGCACCUUGACAUGACUGAGGUGCCAGUAGGCUGUAGGGGUCGUCUGGCUCCAGACCUAUUUGAAUCCUCAGACUCAGAGGGAGAGAGAGACACCUUAGAGUUGAAAUCAGCAGGCACUAGGACCCUGGUGGAGGAGGGGGAGGAGGGGGGCUCAUCGUCUCAGAGAGGCCCAGCCCAGGGUGCGCUGAAACGGACUCACCUGGGGUCAAGAGGUCAAGGGUCAGGGGAGGGGUCAGGGGGGUCAGAGACCUCAGAGAAGAAGUUCAAGACAUGAUGAUUACACCUGAGGUGCCAGGUGAUCAUUUGGUUUAGGACCAGUUACAUCUGAAAUGACACCCUGUUCCCUACGGUGUACUACUUUAGGGCUACAGUAACCCGUAGACUUUAGGGCUACAGUAACCCGUAGACUUUAGGGCUACAGUAACCCGUAGACUUUAGGGCUACAGUAACCCGUAGACUUUAGGGCUACAGUAACGCGUAGACUUUAGGGCUACAGUAACGCGUAGACUUUAGGGCUACAGUAACCCGUAGACUUUAGGGCUACAGUAACCCGUAGACUUUAGGGCUACAGUAACCCGUAGACUUUAGGGCUACAGUAACCCGUAGACUUUAGGGCUACAGUAACCCGUAGACUUUAGGGCUACAGUAACCCGUAGACUUUAGGGAUAGGGUGUCAUUUCAGAAGCCUUAGACACAAUUUAAGGUGGCUUUUCUAUGGGUUUUUACAAUCCAGUUUCUUGGUUUGGCGUCACUCUAAAAAGGGUGUCGCAAUUUUGAGACAUUGGGCGAGUUUGUUUUUGCGUGGUCCAGGUGGGCGGAGUUAGCACUUUUUUUUAGACCAUUCCAUUGGUCCUUAAGUGAAAUCUCCACCCACCGCCCAUUGGGACAAGUAUUCUUUUGUGAGCAAAACACAGUGACAUCAUCACUUCUGUGGUCAAACCACAAAGAGGACAUAAUAUACUAACAUAUAAAUAAUCAUAUUGACAGUAAUGGUAUUGUUAAUUCAUUUGCUAGUCAUUUAGUCUUAAGGCAGAAAUGUUGUGGUUUUUUUAUGUUAAUGUUUUGAAACAAAUACAUUGAGUUUUCAUUUUAAGAGAACACUCCUUGGGGGGGGGGGGGCUCAAAAUCAGGACUAACGCUUUGACGGUGUAUUUCAAUUGGAGUUAAUGAGACUAGAUUAAUUUAGAUUUUUUUUCAGUGGGAUUCUCUGCUUAGCUUGGUGAAGUUUCUGCGUUUCCAUGGCAAUCUGGUGCAUCCAGCCCAACCAGCUGUUUUGAGUUGUGCAUUUAAAAGAAGAUAUUAUUAUUUCAGUGUUAAAAGGAAUUGAUUUGCUCUUGUCUCCUCUCCUUCCUGUUACCAGCAGCAGCAAAUGUAUUUUUUUGUUGUUGCUUUCUUCAAUUAAAGAAUCAUUCGUUAUCAAUGAUUUCACUGCCA